AUUUAAGAUGCAAAUUUCUUGAUGGCAUCGUUUAAAAUAAAAUGAUCUAUCUGCUCUGUAAUUUUCGCAUUCUCCACGAGAUCAUUUUCAGUCGUAGCCGACAUAACUAAUCCAUUAAGACUUUCUUAUGUUAUAUUUUUUUAAACGAAUAGUUGUUUCGGCUCCCAAACACAAAUUUAAUACGUGCCUUGUGUAGAUAUAUGUUGUAGGACUACGUGCGGCAUGAGGGAGCACGUACGUAGCAUGAUAGUUGGUCUUCACUUGUUAAGUUUAUUUUAUUUGAGAGUGUUUUGGUAGUUUGCAUUCCCAGUUGCUCGUUGAAAGGAAUUGCACGAGACCAACUAUAUAAGCUCUUAUAGCUGCUUGGCUAGGGUUAUGUUUUUUUGGUGUAAAGGGAAAAACCCUAAUAAAAGUUCAGCCGAAGACUCCUUUGCGAGUCUUCCGUGGAUUAGUCUCGUUCUAUCGAACGAGGAUACCACGUAAAUCGUUGCGUUUGUGUGUUUCUUUCAUGGUAUCAGAGCUGUGACGAAAUCAUGGCCUCCGAUGAUGAGACGACGAAGUCAACCGCGACGACAACAAAGAGUGUUCCGAGCGGUAGUGGAGAUGGGUUUCCUCCGGCGUUCGUUCUUCCUCACUCCGAUAGUCCCAACCAGCUGUUCGUUGGAGAACUCCUCACCGAUUCAAACUAUGGUGAGUGGAUUGGUGACAUUACUGAUUCGUUCAUUGCUAAAAAUAAAAUGGGUUUCGUUGACGGCUCUCUUUCCAAACCCACGGAUGGCGUGCUUCUGGAACAAUGGAAGCGGUGUGACGCCAUGGUCAAGGGUUGGUUAAAGACCGCCAUGAGCAAGGAGAUCCGAUCGAGUGUUCGUUUUGCCCGUACGUCUCGCGAGAUAUGGCUGGAUCUCGAGUCACGAUUCGGUCGGGGGAGUGCGCCGAGGUUGUACGAGUUGCGGCGCUCUAUUGCUUUGCUGCAGCAGGAGAAGUCAACUGUCUCAAGUUUUUAUACCAAGCUUCGAGGGUUCUGGGAUGAAAUCCAGUCCAUCUCCCCAGCUCCCGAAUGCAGUUGCGGCGGCUGUACUUGCGACGUUAAGCGCAAGUAUCGGGAGACUAAAACCAGCGAGCAGUUGUUUGAUUUUUUAAUGGGGCUGGACGAGGCCUUUUCUACGGUCAAAACGCAAAUCUUAGCCAUGCGCCCCAUGCCUAGUCUAGCGGAUGCUUAUCACCUGGUUAAUAAUGACGAACAACAGCGGAAAAUCGCCACAAACAGACGUCCUCACGUUGAAGCUGCUGCAUUCCAUGUCCAAGAUGGGCGCACACCCCCGCGGAACUCUUCUGGUCGGUCAGACGAUUCUUCUCGGCCGCGUUAUCUGUGCGACCAUUGUGGCAAAACUGGCCACACUCGCGACAGGUGCUACGAGCUGAUCGGAUGGCCAGAGCGUCGGCCCAACAAAGGCGACAAAGAGAAGGAGCAGGACCACCGACGUAAGCCCAGCGAACGUGCUCGGGCAGGGCCACGCGCAGCUCAAGUGGAGGUGAGCGAAAGUCCCAUUCCUGGGUUAAAUGCUUCCCAGUUCGAGCAGCUCAAAACCCUCUUCGGGGGUGAGUUAAAGGCUAUCCCGGAUAAGAUGACAGGUACCUCUCUCUCCUUUCCUGACAGUAAUGAUGUUUGGUUGAUCGAUACGGGCUGCAAUGAGCAUAUUGUCAAUGAUUCGAAGAUGAUUACUGGGUCACGGGGGGAGUUAGAUUUACAGGUUCGGGUUCCGGAUGGCUCAAUAGUUGGUGUUCAUGGGAUUGGUUCAGUGCAUUUAUCAAAUGGCAUGAUAUUGCCACGAGUGCUACUUGUCCCGGAAUUUAAAUGCAACCUACUCUCUGUUAGUCAGCUCACUCGAGAUUUUUCCUUGGCGUUGAUUUUCUUGCGCGACUUCUGUGUAAUACAGGACUUACGCUCGAAGACGAUUAUUGGGACGGGGAUGCAGAGUGAUGGUCUAUAUUAUCUUCGUCUAUUUUCUGUUGUUCGAGAAGAGAUGGCAUGUGCUGUCCGGAGCACCAUUUCUGCUGAUUUGUGGCAUUCGCGUUUGGGACACCCGUCACCCGAGAAACUUGAUUUGUUGCAUUUAGUUCCUAGCACUCGUAAGUCGGAUAAACAGCUUUGCUCAUCAUGUUUGCGAGCAAAGCAGCCUCGUUUGGUUUUUCCCUCUAGUUCAAUUCGCAGCUCCAGACCGUUUGAUAUUAUUCACAUUGACAUUUGGGGCGGUUACAAGGUCCCGUCUUUAAGUGGUGCUCAAUAUUUUCUUACCGUGGUUGAUGAUUUUACUCGCGGUGUGUGGAUUUACUUACUUAAGUUCAAGUCUGAGAAAGCUAAGUAUUUGCAACUUUUUGUUCGUCUAGCUUCUCGUCAGUUUAGUGCCGCGGUAAGAGUAAUCCAGACCGACAAUGGUACUGAGUUUCAGUCCCAUGAAUUGCUUGAUUUCUAUGCUGCCGAAGGUAUUCACCUUCAAACUUCUUGCACCGACACCCCUCAGCAGAAUGGUGUUGUCGAACGCAAACAUCGACACAUUUUAGAUACAGCUCGGGCUCUCCGUUUCCAUGCUAAUUUGCCCAAAAGAUUUUGGGGCGAAUGUGUUCUCACGGCCGGGUACUUGAUCAACCGGCUUCCCCAUCGUGCUCUUGGUAAUCAGACGCCGUACGAACGCCUGUUUAAUCAUCGUCCUUCUUACGAUCACCUUCGGGCUUUCGGGUGCUUGGCCUACUCGAAGGAUACCCACUCCCACUUAGAUAAGUUUGGGGAGCGGGGUCGGGCGUGUGUCUUUCUCGGGUAUCCAUCCUCACAAAAGGGGUACCGCCUGCUCGAGUUGUCUUCCCAGAAGUUGAUUGUUUCCCGGGAUGUGAUCUUCGAUGAAGCUGUUUUCCCAUUUCACACUCUCACCAGCGACAUCCAGCCAGCUAUUGUUCCCAUGACCCGCCUGGAUCCGUCGCCUCCUGUUCCUAGUGAUGACGAGGCAGUCGUUCUUCCCGUUUCCAACGGCGACACUUCCCCCACUCCUAUCGUUGAAGAAAGCACUCAUGAGGACACUACGGGCGCCUCCCCAUGCACGUCCACCAGCCCUUGCAUGGGUUCCUCCUUAGCGCCCCAUGACCAUGCAAAUUCUCCACCUCCUGCAAAUUCUCCACCUCAUGCAAAUCCACCUCAUGCCGCCUCUCCACCUAACACCAGCAACUCGAAGUCCCCUUCACCAUCGCCUGCUCCUCCUCCGCGGCGCAGCACUCGUGUGACACGUCCUUCAGUCCAGUUACAAGGUUAUGACACCUACCUUCCCUCUUCUCAUACGGUUACUACUGCUAAGUAUCCUUUAUCUGCCUACGUCACUUUUACACGUUUAUCACCUAAGCAUCGUGUUUUUGUGGCAGCGGUGGACACCCUCGUUGAACCUCAGUUUUUUCAUGAUGCGGUUCGGUAUGCUUGUUGGCGUGAAGCCAUGCAACGGGAGAUUGAUGCUUUGGAAGCCAAUGGCACUUGGGACUUGCAGGAACUCCCUCCUGGCAAGAAAGCCAUUGCCUCCAAGUGGGUCUAUAAAAUUAAAUUUCAUCCUGAUGGCACCGUUGAGCGAUAUAAGGCUCGGCUCGUUGCGAAAGGAUUCACUCAGAUCGAAGGAGUUGACUAUCACGACACCUUCGCUCCAGUCGCUAAAUUGGUCACUGUUCGUUGUGUUCUCGCCGUUGCUGCUCACCGUGGUUGGCAUCUUCAUCAGAUGGAUGUUAACAAUGCCUUCUUGCAUGGUGACUUGCAUGAAGAGGUGUAUAUGAAGCUUCCCCCGGGGUUUUCUCGUCCGGGGGACAAUCGGGUAUGUCGUCUUCGCAAAUCUCUUUAUGGCCUGAAGCAAGCUUCGCGGAAUUGGUAUAUGAAGUUUGCGACGUCGCUUCAGGAGUUUGGGUUUCAGCAGUCAAAAGCUGACCAUUCCCUUUUCACAUAUCGCCAGCAUGGAGUAUUCACUUUCGCCUUGAUCUAUGUGGAUGACUUAAUUCUUGGUGGUGAUGAUUUACCCACCAUUCAGCGUGUUAAGGGUUUCCUUCAUGACCAGUUCAGCAUCAAGGACUUGGGCGUUCUGAAGUAUUUUUUGGGGAUUGAGGUAGCUCGCUCCCGUACAGGCAUGGUAUUGUCGCAGAGGAAGUAUACUUUAGACAUCUUGAAGGAUGCCGGUGCUCUGGCUGUGAAACCUUGCUCAUUUCCUAUCGAGCAAAACCAUCAUCUCACCAGGAUUGAAGGCCCCGCCGCCAAGGACCCGUCUGGUUUUCGACGGCUCGUUGGGAGACUGCAGUAUUUAACGGUAACGCGUCCCGACAUUGUCUAUGCUGUUAACAUCCUGAGUCAGGCUGUUCACUCACCGCGUCAAGAGCAUGAAGACGCUGCUCAACGCGUUCUUCGGUAUCUUAAGGGCGCUCCCGGUCGAGGGCUACUCUUCCCCACCGGUGGAACUCUCAGUCUGACUGCUUAUUGCGACGCGGAUUGGGGUGGUUGCCAGCACACCCGUCGCUCCACUACUGGCUACUUUAUUCGGUUGGGCGACAGUCCUAUUUCUUGGCGAACCAAGAAGCAGUCAGUUGUUGCUCGUUCAUCGGCUGAAGCUGAGUACCGAGCCAUGGCAAGCACGGUCAGUGAGCUUGUCUGGCUCCGGUGGUUGCUCAGUGAGCUGGGUAUCUCGUGCUCUUCAUCAACUCCGCUCUACUGUGACAACCAGGCGGCCCUACACAUUGCCGCCAACCCCGUCUUCCAUGAACGGACGAAGCAUGUCGAGAUGGACUGUCACUUCGUUCGUGAGCGUGUUACUUCCGGUGAGAUCGCUCCUCGGAAGAUUUCUUCUCAGAAUCAGGUAGCUGAUAUGUUCACGAAAGGUCUCGGCGGGGAGCAAUUUGCUUUUCUGACCUCCAAGCUGGGCGUUCACGAUAUUCACGCCUCAGCUUGAGGGGGCGUGUUGUAGGACUACGUGCGGCAUGAGGGAGCACGUACGUAGCAUGAUAGUUGGUCUUCACUUGUUAAGUUUAUUUUAUUUGAGAGUGUUUUGGUAGUUUGCAUUCCCAGUUGCUCGUUGAAAGGAAUUGCACGAGACCAACUAUAUAAGCUCUUAUAGCCGCUUGGCUAGGGUUAUGUUUUUUUGGUGUAAAGGGAAAAAGCCUAAUAAAAGUUCAGCCGAAGA